AUGUCGGGACGCGACGAUGCAGAGACGUCGCGGCGGGAUCAUCGAGCACCCUACACGUCGCACCAUCCGGUUCCUACCAUUCAAGGCUAUCGUGAAGAGAAAGAGAAGCGACGAGCUCAGGCCGGCGGCGAUGAAAAUGCAUACCAGGACAGCGCACCCAGUACGGCAGAGCAAGUGAAAGAAAGUGCCAAGAGCUACUGGCAGGGCAAUGACUAUCAUUAUCAUGGCCAACCUCAGAAUCCGUACCAGACCGAGAACCUGAACGACGAGUCGGCGAACGGUCGCGCCGAGGAACAGCGAGGAGAGAGGCAUGAAGACCAGGGGGCGGCGGGCGAACCGGACCAGAAUGACAACAGGGAAAGGAAGGAUGAAGGCGAAGUUGAGGACACCUCCCAGGCAGCAUUCACAGAGCAAGAUCCUAAACAAAGGCGCAAGCAGAUGAAGAAAAGGAAGGAUGAUGCAUCACAACGCGAAGUCACCGACCCGGUCACUCACUUGCCCGUCACGAUCCAUGAUUACACAAUGAAGGAGUUGGAGGGCGCACCAGAGAACGAGUCUCUCGGAGGAAACCAAUAUCGGGCAGAUACAGACUUGAGUGCCAAGUCGAAGGACAUGGAUCAACUCCGCAAGGAGGCAGCCGAGAUGCAUGUCGCCCAUGAAGGAGUAGAAGCGCUGUUUCCUCCACCAGAGUAUGAUUCAGCGCGUGAGCAGUUGGUGGAGAUAUACAAGCAGCUCACUCUGGUAGGAGUGGGCGCAGUAUCUGUCUCUGGCACAAUCCUCCUACUUCUUUCUAAUAUAUUUUGGGCCCCACCUGGAGGGUCGUGGCUGGGUAAAACGUUCUUGCUAUUCGUCUUGCCGUCGAUAAGCCUUGGUCUUGGACUUUUACUGACUUGGGGCCUGCGAGACUGGGUGGCAAACAAGGUCAGGAACGUAUGGGAGGAUGAGGUAUGGAAUGCUGAGAGGGAGCACGGCAAGGAGAAGGCGAAAACGCAGACGCCCGAGUCUACUCAAUGGCUAAACUCGAUUCUAGCCGCCGUGUGGCCGCUGAUCAACCCGGACUUGUUUACCAGUCUAGCGGAUACUUUGGAGGAUGUUAUGCAAGCCAGUUUACCCAAAAUCGUCCGCAUGGUCAGUAUCGAAGAUUUAGGCCAAGGCAGCGAAGCGAUACGCAUCUUGGGUAUCAAAUGGCUACCCACAGGAGCGGCAUCAAAAUCAGUGUCUCAAGACGGCAAGCUGCAGUCUGGCGAUCAAGAGCAGGACAACAGUGACCGACGUGUCUCCGGCCAGGGUAAAGUUCAGAACGGGUCUGGCAACGAGGGAAACGACCAAGGCGGUCAGCAAGAACAGAGUGAAGUCGCAGAAGGCAUGGAAGCAGAAGAGGGCGAUUUCGUCAACGUCGAGGUUGCAUUCGCAUACCGAGCACGGUCAAGCGGCAAGGGCAUGAAAAACAGAGCAAAGAACGCACACGUGUACCUCGCCUUCUAUCUCCCAGGAGGCAUUAAACUCCCUGUCUGGGCCGAACUCGAAGGCGCGGUAGGUGCCGUUCGCCUCCGUCUUCAACUGACCCCUGAUCCUCCCUUCUUUUCCCUUUGCACCCUGACAUUCCUCGGUCAACCAAAAGUCGACAUCGCAUGCACACCUCUCGUCAAAAAGGGCCUAGAUAUCAUGGACCUGCCAAUUCUCUCGAACUUUGUGCAAAGCUCCGUCGACGCCGCAACGGCCGAGUACGUGGCGCCGAAGAGCUUGACACUCGACCUGAAGGACAUGCUCGUGGGCGACGACUUCAAGAAAGACACGCAUGCUCGCGGUGUUCUUGUGGUCCGCAUCAAGCGCGCCUUCGAUUUCAAAGAAGGAGAUUCCAGCAUGAUACCCUUCAAAGAUGGCUCAGCGGAUCCGUACAUUUCAGUCGGCUGGGCCAAAUUUGGAAAGCCUGUAUGGUCUACUCGGGUAAUCGAGUCGGAGAUGGAGCCUCACUGGGAAGAGACGGCCUUCAUACCUGUCACCCCAGAAGAGUUGAACGUAGACGAGAGUUUACGGAUCCAGCUGUGGGACUCGGAUCGAACAAGCGCAGACGAUGAUCUAGGCCGCAUUGAGGUGGGUCUCAAGAAGUUAAUGAAGGACGAGGCGACGAACGGCAGAUUUGCGGACCGAACCGACGGCUUUAGAGCACUAAAAGCGGGCGAGUCAAUGCCCGGCAAACUCGACUGGAGUGUUGGGUACUUCUCCAAGACAAGAAUACAGGACUCGCAGGUUGCUCGUCAGGAUGCAGACUCGAGUGUCAACAGUAUCGACCAGGUUGAGGAGAAGGUUGAGGAGGAGAGCGAACGGAAGUUGAGAGAAACGAAGCGAGACGAGAAGGACGAGGUCGAGCAGCAGAAGGCGCAAGAUUUGAAGGCCAGGGAGGACGAGCUGAUCAACAGCACAUCUCCACCGCAGGAGUACCCGACGGGUAUCCUCAGCAUCGUGAUCCAUCAGAUCACAGGACUGGAACUCGAGGCCAUCAACAAGCGCCAGCAGGACAAGGAGCACGCCGAAGCCAGUGACGAAGAGGAAAGCGGCGACGACUUGCCGUCCAGCUAUUGCACCAUCAUUCUGAACCACCAGAAAGUCUUCAAGACAAGGACGAAGCCGAAGAACUCGAAACCCUUCUUCAACGCUGGAUGCGAACGCGUAAUCAGGGACUGGAGAAACACCGAGAUCCACAUCUCGGUCCGAGACGCGAGAGUCCACGAGGACGACCCGCUACUAGGCAUAGUGUACUUGCCAUUGUCCAAGAUUCUGAAGAAGAAGUGCAUGGUGAACGGCUUCUUCCCACUUACAGGCGGCAUCGGCUACGGCCGUGCCCGCAUCUCCAUGGUUUUCCGCCCGAUCCAGCUGCAGGCGCCAAGGGAGCUGCUAGGCUGGGAAAACGGCACGCUUGAAGUCUAUCCGCAAGCUAAAGCGGUUGGAGACUUGCCUAGCGACCUUUUAAGCUGCCGCCUGAAGAUCCGGACGACGUUGGACAGAGGGAAGAUGCAUCAUAACACCGGAGAGGCGAAUCACCAAGAGGGCGUAUGGUCGACGAGGAAAGACAGACCACUGUAUCUGCCCGUCAGGAAGAGAUACCGCAGUCCGCUCGUCGUAGAGUUCAGGAGCAGUAGCACACUACUAGACAAGUCUCCCGCGUUCGCGGUCUUUUGGCUCAAAGACCUGCCAGACGACGAGGAGAAGGUCCUGCACCUACCGGUCUGGAAAGGUGACUUGAAGCGCGCGGAAGCGAACUGCCUUACCGAGUGCGGAGAGAAAGUCGGCGCAAUCGAGCUGAAGAUGAAGUUCUGGCCAGGCUUGAGCCCCUACCAUGACAAGGCGGCGAGCAAAGACAAGAAUUUGGCCGACAUUAUGGAAGUGCUGGAUACGGCAGUCGACAACGAUGAGGACGGGUUCGACGUCGGCAACGACAAGGACAGAGAGGACUCUUCGAGCAGCAGCGACAGCGACUCUGACAGCGAGGACUCGCAUGCGCCGCGGGCGAUGAGCAAAUUAGGCGAGACUGCGAACGAGGAUGAUGGGAAGAGAGGUCCUGUUGAUGCGAUCAAGGAAUACACUAGCAACCAGAAGCAGCUGCAUCGGAGUAAUAGAGGACUGAUGCAGUGGAAGGCGCCUCGCACGAUCAAAUGGAUGAAGAACAAAAUCCAGCGCGGCGAACAACACAUUACAAAUCAUCUCCAUCAUCGUGACCGUGAGCCGGGCGUUGAGACGGAAGUUUAG